GCAUCUACCACGCACGUACAUUACAUGUACGUAGUACAAACAAGUAACGUGCAGCUCUUGCUAGAAAAUUUGGCAGACUUUGAUGAUUUUCUCCCUGUUUGGAUCUAAAUCCCUCCCUCGAUGAGCCAUUUAACGGGAAUCUCCAGUGUCCCAGUGUCAUCAUAUAUGGCGUUUGUUGCAAUCUCAGGCGAAUACUGCCGAAGCCAGCACAAGUAAACUCUCAGAACAAUUUUGGUGUCUUACGCACACACGAGGGACACUUUUAAAGAACCCAUACGCGCAUAUCCUUCUCUCCGAAGCGCCCUCGAGUGACAUUUAACUUUUUCGAGAGACACCCCUCUGUCUUGUGCAAGGGGUUUGCCAGGGCAACACGUGCAAUUUUUUCUCGGGCCCUGCUUGCAUGCACGGGCUUCGUCACGGCACAGCGCGAGCUGUCAACAACCACCAAAACUCUGGACACCACGGAUGGGGUAAGGGAACUCGUUGUUUCAGGUCAAAGGCCUGUGCCUCCCAAGGGUGCGAAGUAGGCGACUGGUGGGUAGCUGCGGACUGCGGACACGCCUUCCGUCGAGUAAAGAGCAAGCCGAACCGGUGAGGAGGGUCGACGCUGCUUUUUGGGAGCAACAUUGUUACCGCAUCAGCUGAGGAGUGUGUGUGUGCGUGAAGAAGAGUGUGUGGAAUCUUGCCUUGGAAAAUAUCUUUCUUCAUCGUUCUCCCUUUCCCCCAAGUGUUACUGAAGUUGUCUGCUCAUCCUAUAUGAGGAACUUCACAAUAGACAUGGCUCGAAGUGUCCGACCAGCGCCUGUAGAGAUAACCUACAAGCAUACCCGCUUUCUAAUAAUUCACAACCCAGAUAAGAACGGCCUCGACCACUUCAUCAAGGAACUUAAGAAGAGAGACAUCAUUGAAGUAGUAAGAGUAUGCAAUCCCACCUAUGAGACCAAAUUACUAGAGGAUGAAGGAAUAGAAGUUCUGGACUGGGCAUUUGAUGAUGGUGGAGUGCCUUCCAACGACAUUAUCGAUAAAUGGCUGGACGUUUUGAAGAAGCGUUUUACCGAUACCCCGGGAAGCUGUGUUGCCGUCCACUGCGUGGCGGGGCUGGGACGAGCUCCGCUCAUGGUUGCCGUGGCGUUGAUGGAAACGGGAAUGGGAUAUGAAGAUGCUGUUACAUUCAUCAGAGAGAAACGCCGUGGUGCCAUCAACGCUAAGCAGCUCGUCUUUCUAGAGAAGUAUCGCUCUCGUAUGAGACUCAAGAAUAAGAAGAACAACAAAGAUGCCUGCUGCGUCCAGUGAAUAAUGCCGUCGUUCUGUAGUGAUGUACUGAUACUAGGUAGAUUGGGUAUUAGAUUACAAACAAGAGGGAAGUCGCAAGACUUGAAUCGUGCUGUAGCCAUUUUUAUUUCCUAGGCCCGACUUCAUUAAAACUGUUAGGCAGAGCAUUUUUUUGCUUAGCAGUAUAUUUUCUGCUUAACUAUGUUAACAGCAUCAUGAAAUUUGGCCCAGAUGGCUACAGCGGGAUUAAGUCUUUGAAUACUCAGUGCUAAUAUGAGAUAAUCUAAGAUGAUCGCAUCAGAGUAACGUCCACUUGAUCCACUGUAUGUCUGGAAUGUUUAACAACUUGACUCAUAUCUGUCUUUUUUUACAUUUUGCACAUUUUAACAGCCUUGAACCUUUAUUUGUGAAUUGUUGAACCUCUUUGGAACUUAUUGCUUGCUUGCUUGAUUACUUAGCCCUUUAGAGAACUUGCAGCCUUUAGAGAAGUGUCGUCAAAUAUCAGUGCGGCUAUAAAAUCAGCAAACAGCUGAGACGGAAGCCACUAAACACAUAAACCAAUACGCCCACACAUGAAGAAGCCACACUUAUGUUGCACCAAUAUUCCCAGAUACAUGUACAUGUAGAAGCCACAAUAGAAGCCACAAGGGGCUUACACCAACAAUGGGCUUACACCAACAAAGCCACAAUUGGCUUACACUGAUAUGCCCAUAUAAGCCACAAUUGGCCUACUAAACUUUUAAGAGGCUAACACCCAGCUACAUUUGGCUAACACCCAGAGAAGGCAAAACUGAUUGCAUUGUUUGAUCGAGGCGUUUUUGUAGCGAAGUAGCUCUAAAAAAUACCUCGUUUGUGCCUCCAUUUUUUCUCUGGAGAUUUUUACUGUAUUCGUUUGAACUACCCUUCUUUGGGUCUAAUAAAGAUUAAUUAAAUUGAAUUGAAUUGAAUUGAAUUGAAUUGAUGAGUUGUAUAGUCUAUGGUGUUCGAUGAGGAUUUCAAACAGAAAGGCGUGGACUCUCUAACGGGUUAAGUGAUGAUUGCAUCAGUGUCAUUGUAUUUCAAUAUUACUAUUAUCAAGACUGCUGGAUCAGGAUUUUUGCUUUGUAUAAUGUGUAUUCUUUGUUUUGUCUGCCUAACCCUAACUACAAAAUGAGCAUCACUUGAUAAACAUGAAAUCAGCUUCCUAAUUUUUGUACAUGUACAAGUACGGAAA